UGGGCAAGUUGUUUACAUUUCAAAUCAUUCAAGCAGCCUGUAAGUCAACGACAAGCACACACUCAAACACACCAGUGCACCUAUUCAAACACACACACAUAGUCCAGCGACUGGCAGAUAACACAAGACCCACAUUACACAAUCUACUUGUGUUGAUCCUUCAAACUGGAAUGCACCCAUUGGGCGACGGAAGCCGUCCAAACUCCUGAACAUUUUUGUCAACAAGAACAUAUUAAGGUUUCUCCGUGUCAUCAUAAUGAGCAACAAUUGGUCAGUCUCGCUGCUGGUGUCCGUGGUCCUUGCCCUCACAGACCUAACUCAAAGCUUCCAACCACUCUUUGUAUCUGAUGGAAAUUCCACUUCUCACCGCGACAUUACCCAAAUGGCAAUACUCCGAAAGACUGCCGAGGUCUGUCGAGACAUUGCUGUAGCAGAGGGAAAGGACUUCAUUCUGACUGUUGAUAACAGUCUAACAGUUGACCAAGUACAAGAGGCAUGUUCGUUUACAGACAAUUCCAUCUCGCUUCUGUCCAGUGUCUUGUUCCAUAUUUCCAUUGCCAAUAUGUACUUCAGCAAUGCCAAUGUGGAUUUAGCGUCUAUGCUGAGUGACGAGCAUCAUUUUGAUGGUGAGACGUUCCAGAAAGGGAGAGACCUAAUAACAAAAGGUGUGUCUGCUGUUAAGGCCAGUGUAAAACUGGAGAACUUCAUUACAGGGCGCUGGACUCUUGGACGUGUAUGUCACACUCUGCAAGACUUCUACAGCCACAGUAACUGGGUGGAGUUGGGGAACACGUCUCCUUACAAUGCCCUGAUCAAACCUGACCAAAUCAUUGAGAAUGUGGCAGGACCAAAUAUUUCAACCUGUAGAAACUGUACAGGAGAGAGCUGCGACAAUAACAUUUUGCCUGACAUACUGCAGCAAGGGCUUCUUACUUCUGGCUACUUCAACCUCAUAUCCUCGGAAAAACCAGAUGGUAAAUGCAGCCAUGGUGGUUCUUUUGACCAAACGAGUAAACGUGACCCAGUUGGGGGCAUCAAUAAAGACCAAAAUGGGUCCAGCCAUGGUUCACUACACCAUGAAGCAGCUGAUUUGGCCGUAAAUGCCACUGUGGAGCUUCUGGAGGACAUCAGAUUAGCUAUAGGAGACAAGAACUUUCUUCGAUUGAUGGGCCUCUCCCAGUCCUCUGUACUGUGUUUUGUCAUCGACACAACUGGCAGCAUGAGUGAUGACAUAGCUGAAGCAAAAAGAGUUUCCUUUAACAUAAUUGACAGGAAGCGGGGAACCCAACAGGAGCCUUCAGCCUACAUUUUGGUUCCUUUCAAUGAUCCAGGAUUUGGACCUCUGCUAAUAACGACUAAUGCAGACAAAUUCAAAGAAAGCAUCAAUGAGCUGACGGCCAGCGGAGGCGGAGAUGUCCCAGAGCUGUGCUUAUCUGGACUUCAGCUUGCCCUGACUGCUGCUCCACCCUCAUCCGAGAUAUUUGUUUUCACUGAUGCUCCAGCAAAAGAUGCUGACUUGAAAAGCACCAUCACCGCCCUUAUAGAGAGCACCAAGUCGGAGGUCACUUUCAUGUUGACAGAUGUCUUGACCAGUCGACGCAAGAGAGCACUGAAUCAAGCUGACGCUCAACUGUACCGUGACCUUGCCCGGGCCUCUGGCGGUCAGGCUAUUGAGGUCAGCAAGUCAGACCUUGUUCAAGCUACAAGUGUUAUCGAGGAUUCCUUACAGAGUGCAGUGGUAACGGUCUUUCAAAUCAUGAUGAACCCUGGAAAGCCUGAUAAUUUUACAUUUACUAUUGAUCGUUCGCUGCGAAACAUUACAAUCUACAUCACAGGAACGCCCUCUCUCUCCUUUAAUCUGACAAGCUCUGCGGGUGUAUCUCAGACCUCCAGUGAGUCCAGUGGCCCUCUUGCGUCUUUGAGCUUGGCAGGUAACCUACGACGACUGACGCUCAACAAUGACAAUGAAACAGGGCUUUGGGAAAUCAGCGUAGACUCCAAUGACCCCUACUCGUUAAAGGUCGCAGGUCAAAGUUCACUGAACUUCAUCUAUAAUCUUUUGGAAGCACAUGAAGGAGUCCAUGCAGACUUCUUUCUAAAGGAGGGACGUCCUCUUUCGGGCGGUAAUGCCACCCUCUUGGUCACAGUGGCAGGGUGUGACAGUGUUAAGAUUCCAGAGGUCACAUUGUAUGACAGCUCAGGGGCAACGGAGAUCACCGGGGCCUUGCAGUCAUUAGGAGGUUCUAACUUUCUGGUGACGUUUAAUGAGAUCCCAGCGGGUGAGUUUGUGGUUCGGUUGAAAGGAGAAGAGAGCAGCUCAUCAUCAAGAUCAACUCCAAGCAGUUUCCAGAGGCAGGGCUCCACUCAGAUUAAGACUUCAAGCAUCUCAGUGACUGCUCAAGCCAACAGCACCAACAUCGAACCAGGUUCCACUGUCUCCAUCCCUUUUACGGUCUCCACAACAACCAGCGGAGUCGUUAACAAGACCGCCACUGGGACAUUCAUAGUGCGGGCUACCAACGACCGCAGCUUUGACUCCACAUCACCCGGUUCUGUCACCAUAGAAACAGACAGUGACGGGAAAGCCAACGGCACCGUGACCCUAACCGCUCCUGACAGCGCGGUAUCGGGAACCGACGUAACGCUUACGAUUGAGGCGGAAGAUGCAGCUACGGCUGGUACCAACUAUAUCGUCCUUAGAUUUUCAGUUGCUUCUGAGGUGACCGACGUUAACAGACCAGUGUGCCAAGAGGUCAGUACAUCUACCAACUGUUCAACUUCAUCGCUCUGUGACUCCUCCCAGUGGAUAUUUGUGGCCAACUUGACAGACGGUAUAAAUGGGACGGGUAUAGAAAGAGUCACCAUACGUAAAGGGUCCGGCACCCUCAACACAACCACAGUUGUGGGGCCAGGGGGCGAGAACAUUACUGUGGCCUCAUACCGGUCCUCCUGCUGUGCAGACAGAGUGGAGCUGACUGUUGUGGACAAUGUGGGAAAUGUUGGCAUUUGCGUGGGCCAGGUGAGACAGUCCACCACAGUUGCGCCUGUGACUGCAGCUCAUGUGACUCCUAACAACACCACGUCCACCGGAGGGGAUAGUCUGAGCACAACACUUUGGGUCUGGACCACUGUUGUAGCACUCACACUUUGGAAAUGAAAGAGAUGCAUGGAAGUAUAUUGAUUGUAGUACAUUAUUCAGAUACUUUGAUUGACAAGCUGUAACAAAAUCGAUCGAUAUUAUUCUAUUGGUGUUUAGAUGUGAACGGUAAUCAUAAUUUAGUUUUAUGAGAUUUAUCUACUCAAAACAUGUUUAUUGUACACAAUAGCAGAAUGAAUUGUAUAGCAUAAUAUAUUUUUAUGAAUGUUAUUGAAUUUCUUUAUGGGAUUACAGCAGUGCACUCUCACUUAACCACCUUUGGUUGAAGAAAAAAAAACAAUAUGGGGAAA